AUGGUUCGAACAAAUGUUUUUGCAAAUUUAUCAGCAAGAUUACGAAAUAGUCAAGAUGAUAAUAAAGCAAUUUAUUAUUUGAAAAGGUUUGCAAUACGGCUUGGUACACGAAAAACUAUUACACAACUACAAGAUGAAGCUGAUCAAACUAAUGAAUUCAAACGCACACUAAGUACAUUUCAGUUAUUGGCAUUAGGUAUCGGUAGUAUUAUUGGCACUGGUAUAUUUGUAUUGAGUGGUGAAGCAGCUGCUAAAUAUGCUGGUCCUGCUGUUAUUCUUUCGUUUAUUAUUGCUGCCAUUGUUGCUGGACUUGCUGCUUUUUCAUAUUCUGAAAUGGCCUCAAUGGUACCAAUAUCUGGUUCAGCUUAUUCUUAUACAUAUGCUAAAUAUCUAGCAUGGAUUAUUGGAUGGGAUUUGGUUCUUGAAUAUUUAUUAGCAGCUGCUACGGUAGCUGUAGGUUGGAGUGGUUAUGUUGUUCAUUUUGUUGAAACUGUAUCUAAACAUAAUGCAACAAGAUUGAUUGUAGAAGCACCAGUUGCUUGGAGUGAAGAAUCAAACACAUUUUAUGUGACAGGAAAAGUAAUUAAUUUACCAGCAGUAAUAAUUAUUGUUGCACUGACAAUACUACUAAUAAUUGGUAUUGGUGAAUCAGCGAAAAUUAACCUUGUAAUUGUUAUAAUUAAGAUUCUUGUUGUUUUGUUAUUUAUUUUUGCCUGUUGUGGCUAUACACAUCCUAGUAAUUAUUCACCUUUCAUCCCACCCAAUGAAGGUAGUUUUAAUAAAUAUGGAAUAACUGGCGUUUUGCAUGGUGCAACUGUUGUAUUUUUUGCCUAUAUCGGUUUUGAUUCAGUUACUACUACAGCACAAGAAACGAAAAAUCCAAAGCGUUCGUUACCUAUUGGAAUUAUUGGUUCGUUAACGAUUUCAACAGUGCUCUAUGUAUCUGUAUGUGCUGUCAUGGUUGGUAUUGCACCAUAUAAAACACUUGAUUCACCAAAUCCAAUCUCAGAAGCAAUUAAAGGUACUCCGCAUGGAAUAUGGCUACCCAUUAUUAUAGAUUUAGGAGCUAUUGCGGGUCUAACGAGUGUAUCUCUUGUUAGUCUUCUAGGGCAAUCACGUAUAUUUUAUUCUAUGGCAUAUGAUGGUCUAUUACCAGCGAUAUUUGCUAAAGUUCAUCCUCGCACUAAAACUCCUUGGGUAUCUACAAUUAUCAUUGGUGCAUUUUGUGCAGCAUUUGCUGCUGUCCUUCCUUUAGGUAUACUUGGUGAAAUGACAUCAAUCGGAACUUUAGUGGCCUUUUUUCUUGUACAUAUUUCUGUCAUUAUUAUGCGUUUUACACACAAAGAUGUACCACGUGGUUUUCGGGUUCCUUUGGGGCCUUGGGUUUUUCCUUCUAUUGGAGCGUUGUUAUGUCUUGUACUCAUGGUAACUUCUUCUAAAGAAACCGGUAUUCGACUUGGUGUUUGGAUGGGUAUCGGUCAAGUUAUCUAUUUUGCAUAUGGUUUUUGGCAUUCAAAAUUACGAAAUUCACAACAACUCGAACCGGUUACGGGUUUCGAUAAUCUUGGUACAGAAUUAGGUGAAGAAUCAACAAAAAACGAAUAUGUAGCAGAGAUGGAUGUUUUUAAUGAAAAACAAUUGUAA